ACUUUGUCUUUGUCUUUUCUCGUUCUCAUUCAGUUUUAUCAAAAUGGCAGAAUAAAAUAGUUACGAAGUAUUUUUAAUUUUGUGAAAAUGGCUCAACCAAGUGAAAAUUCGAUAUCCCAACGUGCUUCUAUAAGAGUUGUUUCAGUGAACGGUAUAAUUCGAAAAAAAGUCAAUUUGAGAGAUUUUGAUUACAAAGAUAACCUUUACCAUCAAGGACGAAAUUUUGACGAUAAGUGGUUACAAAGACGAUCAAAAUUCACUUUCAAGGGAUUGCCUGUCUACAUAAAUUGUCAAAAGACUUUGAAUUUGUGCGUUUGAUUCUAUUGUAUAUUGAAAUUCGAAGUUGAACUAAAAAUUACAAGGAAAGAUGAAUGUAUUAGGAUGCAAUAUGACGAGGCCAAACUUUGCCUCUGGCUUGCCCACCCAGAAUGUUUCCCAAAAAAUGCAAUUUCAUCAAGCUGCUACACCUUCCCUCGACGAUCUGAUGACACAUUCACCAUCUCAAAAUUCCAGCAGACAUUUUCAAAACCCUAAUAUUUUCAAUAUGAAUGUCUUCGACAAAAGUACCCCUUCAAGUUACCAAUCACCAUUUCUUAAUCAGCCUGAGUGCAAUAUUGAUAGAAUAAAUACAAAUUCUCCUCUGAUAAGUUCUUCUGAUUCAAUGCAGGUAGAGGAAGUAGCAAUGGAAGCUGAUUGGGAAAGUAUGAGCGUAACCAGUAAUGACAGUAGUUCUGAUGAGUCUAUCGACAUCGAUGAUUUUUCUAUUAAGGAAACAGCCAAAAGUUAUGAAUCUGAUUCCGAUGACGAUUUCAUCGUAUUUGAAGGUGAUGAUUCUGAAGAUGCUCAAGAUGGUAUUUCUGCCGAUUUUCAAGAUGAUUCAUCUUCCGAUGAUGAUGACGAAUCUGGGAAUAAUAAAACUGAAGAAAAGAAGACAUUGUUUUUUUGUAAUUUUAAGCAAAAAAAUGGUACUUCUCAUACUGGGUCAGAGGAGACAGAAUUCUGUGCUGAAGAGAACAAAAAGAAGUCCAGAAGUUCUAAAAAGGUAACUUUUGCCGAGGGAUCUGAUUUAGCUGAAGUCCAUGUUAUGAUCAAAUGGUCAUUUGCCUAUAGGAAGGCUAGGAAAGGAAUUUGGGAGCAAUUCGCAAGAGAUAAUGAAAGGUUCAAGCUUAGGGCGUGCCGUUUUGGUGAUACUCUGAAUAAAUUUCUUCUACCACAACAUCGUCAGAAAAUAUACGAAGAAAGAUUCAAAGAGAGAUAUGAAUGAUAUUUAAAGAAAUUUAUAAGAGAGACCUAUUAAGACUGCCAUGUGAAAGAAUCAUCGGAAAUAAUGAGAAUCAAAAAUGCUUAGAAUUUAUAUUGAACACACCUUUAAUAGUACAAGUAUGGAAAUUUGAAACAAUAUACCAGUUAUCUGUUAACUGACUUGUCUUUGAUUGUUGAUUUGCAUCAUUCACAUAAAUAAUUUAAAUUAUCUGGAUCAUUUAAAUUCUUGAUUAAAGCUACAUAUUAUUGUUUAAGACGUUAUCUGUCUUUGAUUGGAACUAGUGAUAUUUAAACGUCAUUAGGUUCAUCUUUAUCUGUGAUUGUAUAAAAUAGUUAUCCGACUAUUCUUUCACUAACAUAGAGUUCAAAAACUAUUAGCUAAUUCUUAAAUUAAAUGAGGCGUUGAUGUUAAAUUCUGAAUAUAAAUGAAAUAUUUGGAAUACUUGCUGUUUUGUGAUCAGAAAUUUAAUUUGAAUUAUAUCCUGUUGAAUUUUUGUGUUUACAAAAAAUUAUUAUACUUUUUAAGUUAAUUUGAGUUGGGUUGUUUGUACUUAGAUAUAUCAUCUUCAAUUUUACAAUAUUGUACAAACAAUUACUUCAGACAGUUGGUGCAAAACAUUAGUUACCAUAUUAAUAUUGUUUUUAUAUUUAAUGAGAUAUUGCACAAUUUUUAUCUAUUGCAGUUUUCUUAUGGUGAAGGUAAAAAUUAUUUUCCAUUCAAACCUUCCAUGUUUGUAUACAAAUCAAUUUGUUGUGAAAUAUAUUUAAAAAAAUGUAAAUUCAAUAUCCAUUUAAAACUAGAUUUAGCUAUAUUUUUCAUCAUGAAAUAUUGAAAAUGAUGAGUUUUGGCCUGAAUUCGAUUACAAUUGUGAUGACCAAUUUAAAUAAAUUCUUGUAAUAUUCUCUUAGAAUUAUGAUUUUAAUAAUGUCCACAAUUCAUUUUGUGAGGAAUCUUCAGAAGGAAAUAAAAUUUUACUUAUA